AACGGAAGGAAACAUUUCUACAUCAACUUAAUACUUGUGUUUCCAAGAUGUCAUUCAUACCCCAGAAACCUGUACACAAACAACUCUACAAGGCAGGUUAUCAACUACUGGUAGAGGCUAUAGAUGAUAUGGUUGGUCAGUCUAUGGUGGUGAGACAGGUGAUGGGGUUACCAGACAAAGACUUUGAUGACUUUGGUGAUGAUACAAAAUCAAAACAGGAAUCUCGUGAGAGUAGACGGGCAUCUAGAACCCCUUCAAAACCCCUUAGUAACCCUAAAUUACUAUCUGAAGAUAGUACAUUGAGUGAUGGUAAAGGACGUAAGAGUGGAACAGGUGAUAAAGGAGCCGCUAAAGCGCCUGAUAAGAAAGCCCCUACACCAGCUAAAGAUAAAGACAAAGGGGGAAAAGUUUCAAAAGAGUCUACAAAAGUAGAUAUGAAAUCAGGUAAACAAAGUGCGACUCCUGCCUCUAGAGGCCCACCUAGCCGUGGUAAAACUGCGGGUAGUUUAGGGGACAGGGAAAGAACGGGCUCACCAACCAGUAUGAUGCAAACUUCACUGGCACAUGAAGAUCCCAUCAUUGACAGAAAAUAUAAGGAGAAAAUCUUUGCACAGACAUAUGCAAUAGUGGGAGAUGCUAUAGACAAAAUGGAGUUUGUGUUUGAUGAAAUAAUUCGAAAUGAUACCAAUAGACCACCUCUUCAACCUUAACCCUUAAAGCGGUUUUAAAAGACCUUCAUCAUCUUUACUCAAUACUGUGAAACUUCAAACAUUUUAAAUUUCAAGACGAAGUCAUGUCGUCCUACAUGAACAAUGAAAAGUUAUAGACUUAACAUAGAUGUAAUGCAUAACCAUAUUAAUACAAAGUGAAAAACUGUGAUAUUAUUUAUUUUCAAUGUACUUAUUAAAAAAAAUAAUUGUAACACAAGCAUGUAAUUUAUGACUGGACUCGAGUCCAGUUGUCUUGAAUAUGAUAUUAUCCAUGGAGUUAUUAUUGGAAACAAUUGGCAAUUAUAUAUUAUCAUGAUGAUUUAUGAAAUAAAAUUUAUUAACAAUCAAACU